CCAGUAUCUCUGAUUCUUCAAUUGUCCCAACCGCCAUUGAUGACAUAGCAGAAAAAUUGUGUUGAUUGAACCGGGGUAAGAUUCUCAUCCUCUCUAUGUUUAAGUCGCCACAAAAAAAUUGGGUUUUUUCUCAUACAGAAGAAGCAAAAGUUUGUUGGGGUUCAUUCAGAUUAACCCAUGGCUCUUCCUUCUUCAACAACUGUUACAAAUCAAGAAUCUCAACUACAAACCAUAAACCCAACUAUAAUCCCUGGUCUUCCAAACGAUUUAGCAGCGAUUAUACUUGUAUUCGUUCCUUACUCUCAUCAUUCACGUCUCAAAUCCAUUUGUAAAUCAUGGAAGCACUUUUUCUCUUCCAAAACCAUCAUUUCUCUGCGGCAAAAGCAUCUCCCACUAUCUACUCUGUCUCCCCUUCUCUGUAUAUUCCCACAAGAUCCUUUAAUUGCUUCGCCGUACCUGUUUGACCCUAGAAAUCUUGCGUGGUCUCCACUUCCACCUAUGCCUUGUAACCCUCAUGUAUAUGGGCUUUGUAAUUUCACUUCGAUUUGUAUCGGCUCUCAUUUGUAUGUGUUAGGUGGGUCGCUUUUUGAUACACGAUCUUACCCUCUUGAUUACCCAUGUCCUUCAUCCUCUGCUUUUAGGUUUGAUUUUGGAACUUUUUCAUGGGAGACGUUGGCGCCUAUGAUUAACCCUAGGGGGAGUUUUGCGUGUGCUGCGGCACCUAAUUUUGAUAAGAUUUUGGUGGCGGGUGGUGGGUCUCGGCAUACGAUGUUUGGGGCGGCUGGUAGUAGGAUGAGUUCAGUGGAGAUGUAUGAUAUUGGGAAAGAUGAGUGGGUUGCAUUGGAUGGGUUACCUAGGUUUAGAGCAGGGUGUGUUGGGUUCUUUGUUGGGAAUGGAGAGGAGAGGGAAUUUUGGGUGAUGGGUGGAUAUGGCGAGUCGAGGACAGUCUCCGGGGUGUUUCCUGUGGAUCAAUAUUAUAGGGGUGUUUUAGUGAUGGAAAUGAAGAAUGGUGGGAAGUGGAGGGAGCUUGGGGAUAUGUGGGAAGAAGGGGAAAGGUGGAAGCUUGGAAAGAUUGUUGUGGUUGAGGAUGUGCCUUCGGAAGCUCCUGCAGUAUUCAUGCUCGACCGAGGAGAUAUUUUCAGCUAUAUAAUGGCUUCCAACAGUUGGAUAAAGGAAACAAGUCUGCCAAGAAAAACAUCUGAUGAAUCAUCUGUUGGCUUUGUUGCAUUGGAUGGGGAGCUGCAUGUGAUAUCUCAUUUAAAUGGGGUUAAAUCAAAGGAGUGCCAAAGAUUAAGGCAGCAGAAAAGGUCAACUAUGCUUGUACAGAUAUACCAUCCUAGGACGAAGUCAUGGAGGUCUGUCACUACAAGGUCACCUUUUCAGCACCCUUUGGAUUUCAAAACUGCAGUUAUGUGCGCCAUUCGUCUGUAGAUCUAUAUUGUUGCAUUGGUGUGCCUAUGAAGCAGUUGUUUGGUUUAGUAGAUCCUCCCUCUUUACCUGUUGUGAAUGGCAUUGUGUAUAUCUUUCAUUGACAUGUUCUUAUUGUCAGAAUUAGUACUGUAAAUGCAACUGUAAUAAAUGUAACUUUUCUUAUCUC